AUGAGUGGAGGCUGGAGCAAUACUACAACAACCAACAAAUGGUACGACGAAAAUAGUAACAACAGAUUUCCUAGUGGAAAGAAAGAGGAGGAUCCUCACUAUGUUCCAAAUUGCAAUUGUUAUCCAUUUAGGUACAGUAAGCAAAUAUCAUGGGGAGAAGACCCAAUUUGUGAAGUUGAUAUUUGUCGCCACAGAAUGUCUUGUCACCCAGAGUAUAAACCAAAACAGGUCCUCGAUUUUAAUCAACAACAAAAAGGUUACUAUAAUCCAUAUAUGAAUAUAGAUUUAAAGGUUAUUAGUUAA